GGGGCUGUUGGUGCACCUGCAGCCCCCAGUGCCCCUCCUUCCAGCGCAGAAGUGGCAAGGGACGCGUGAUGCUGCAGGCCAGCCGAGCGCUCUCUUCCCAAGCCGGCCCCUCCGCGGGCGGCUGGCAGCCCCUGCACUUUGAUGGGGCGGCCUUCCACCUCAAGGGCACAGGAGAGCUGGCGCGGGCUUUGCUAGUGCUGCGGCUGUGUGCCUGGCCCCCUCUGGUCACCCACGGGCUGGCGCUUCAGGCCUGGUCUCAGCGACUCCUGGGUUCCCGGCUCUCAGGCGCGCUGCUCCGAGCAUCCUUCUAUGGGCAAUUUGUGGCUGGAGAGACGGCUGAGGAGGUGAGGGGCUGUGUGCGGCAGCUCCAGGCCCUAGGCCUCCGGCCCCUGCUGGCAGUCCCCAUAGAGGAGGAGCCAGACUCGGCUGAAAAGACUGGUGAGGACUGGUACGAGGCAAACCUCCGCGCCAUGCUGCGGUGCGUGGACCUGUCACGAGACCUCCCGGAGCCCUUAGGCCUGACUGGGAGCAACAACCUCAUGCAAAUAAGGAUGACGGCACUGACCAGCCCUCGGCUCUGUAAGGAGCUAGCUUCACGGGUCAGCCAGCAAGGGGCCUCCUCGGAGCUGAGCCCCGAGAGGCUGGCAGAAGCCAUGGACUCUGGGCAGGGCCUUCAGGUCUCCUUCCUCAACGCCAGGCAGAACCACCACCUGCAGGCCUCUCUGAGCCGCUUGCACCGCGUGGCACAGCACGCCCGGGCGCGGCACGUGAGGCUCCUGGUGGAUGCCGAAUACACCUUCAUCAACCCUGCGCUCUCUCUGCUGGUGGCCGCCCUGGCCGUGCGCUGGAACAGCCCCGGGGAAGGCGGGCCGUGGGUGUGGAACACGUACCAGGCCUAUCUGAAGGACACCCACGAGCGACUGGGGCGGGAUGCUGAGGCCGCUCACAGGGCGGGCCUGGCCUUCGGUGUUAAGUUGGUUCGCGGGGCCUACCUGGUCAAGGAGAGAGCCGUGGCACGACUCCAGGGAACCGAAGAUCCCACUCUGCCUGACUAUGAGGCCACCAGUCGCAGUUACAGCCGCUGCCUGGAGCUGAUGCUGACCCACGUGACCCGCCGUGGCCCCCUGUGCCACCUCAUGGUGGCUUCCCACAAUGAGGAGUCUGUUCGCCAGGCAACCAGGCGCAUGUGGGAGCUGGGCAUUCCUCUGGAUGGGCCUGUCUGCUUCGGACAACUCCUGGGCAUGUGUGACCACGUCUCCCUAGUGCUGGGACAGGCCGGCUAUGCGGUGUACAAGUCGAUCCCCUACGGCUCCCUGGAGGAGGUGAUCCCCUACCUGAUCCGGAGAGCCCAGGAGAACCAGAGUGUGCUGCAGGGCGCCCGCAGGGAACAGGUGCUGCUCAGCCAAGAACUAUGGCGGAGGCUGCUGGGGGGAGGCCUCAGGGCAUCCCGUUAGCAGCCCCGGGAGGCGCGUGGCUAACAGAGGUCCCAGCCACUGCCGGUGCCUCUGUCCUGCACGGCAGCCGCCUCCUGGGGUAGGCAUCACCUCGCAUCAGCCAGGCCAAGUGUGGCGGCUCUGCAGUUUGGGAGAUCCUUCUCUUCAAGGAAAACAAAAUAAAAAUAACAACAGCAACAGACAA